AUGAGGGUUUGUUUUGUUGUCGAGAUGCCUGGGAAUGUGCCUCGGGUGGAUGGGCAGCUGGCAAUGUCUAGGGCUUUUGGAGAUGAUGCAAAGCUGAAGGAUCACAUCUCUUCAGAGCCCGAUCUAAAGAUUGUUACCAUCGAUUGUGAUGACACGGACUUCAUCAUUCUGGCCAGUGAUGGCCUCUGGAAGGUGGGUGGGCAGGUUAUGUCGAACCAGGACGCAUGCGACUACAUCAGAGGUGUGGAGGAUCCAAAGGAAGCAGCCAAGACUUUGAUUGCAGAAGCUUUAGCAAGAGGCAGCAAAGAUGAUAUUUCAUGCAUUGUUGUGAUGAUCGACUAG